AUGGGCAGUGAAGUCAGGUGGGAUCCCCCGCCCCAGUGCAGCCGUCCCCCGGGCUCUCCCCAGGUAGGGGGUGCACGAGGGCGGCCAGAGGGCAGUGAUGCCCCGAAGGGUGGGGGGGUCCAGCGGGACCGGGGAGGCGGGGAAGGAAAGACGCAGGGCGGGCUGAUGCGCAGCCCCGCGGCCGGCCUCGGACCCCGGCCCGGGAGGGAGGGGCGUGUCCCCAGGGCCGUGACCCCCGCCGAACCCGCGCGCGUUCUCCGCCCCGGAGGGCUGGGAUCCGUCCGUCCGGUCGGGGGAGGCCGAGUGUCCCGAGAAGCCCGGCGGGAGAGGAGACGCCCAGAGCCCGGGUCCGCGCUCGGCGGGGCGGGCGGGGUGCGGCCCGGCCCGGGCGAGCGCCUCCCCAGGCCCGGGCGCCGCCGGCCAGCUCGGCGGGCUGCGCGCGGCGCGAACUUGGGCACUGCGGCAGGCGAGGGCGGGCGCGCCGCGGAGUUCGCGGGAAGUGCGGCGGCGGGGCCCGCGGGCGGCGCGAAGUUGGGGUACCUGCGGGCGCCGGCCCGGUCCGGCCUGCGGCAGGAAGUGCUCCGGCGGCCCGGCGCUCCGGCUCACAUGGACUUUCUCCGGCCGCGCCCAGCACCGGGCCGCACCGCGGCGGGCGGGGCGCGCGGGGGAGGCGCCGCGGGCCGUUUAAAGGGACAGCGCGCCGGCCGCGCGCGCGCACUCGCCGCCCCGGGGCGCGCCGCCCCGCGCCAGGUGGGCGCCCGGGGAGGGGCGAGGACGGAGCGGGGGCGGAUCCGAAGGUGGGGGGCGGCCGGUCUGCGCCCCCUCCGCGCGCCUCCUCCCCGACUCCUGGCGUGGGACCCUGCGCGGGGCCCGAAGCCGGGGCCGGACGCGGGCAGGACCGGGGCGGGGACCCACACACUCUGGAGGUGUGGAACCCCCGGUCCUGGGGCGCCCUCUCCCCGUGGCGGCCGCGCCAGCACUGGGAUGCCUCGCCGUGUGGGGCCGCCGGCGGGAGCAGGUGCGCGCGGCCUUGGCUGCCACGGACGUCCCGGAGGCCGGAGAGCCGGGAUGCGGAAGAAGCGGCGGUGGCCGGCGCCUCCUGCGCUGAGCCGGGUAACUGCUAGCUGCGUGAAUGCGGCCGGGUCUGCUUUCAGGCCCGGCGUGAUCUGGGCGCACUGGCUGUUAGUGACUCCCCUGACCCCACCGGCUCCCGGUUUGCUCGAGGCCCCCCUCCUGUGGACAGAAGUGAUGUUUUAA